CUCCUGUACCCUUACUGACGCCACACAACUUGUAAGUCUACACGAUUUUGGCCAUUUAUCGUUUUUAUGUAUUAUAAUUGUUGAUAAAACAAUGGAGAUAAUUGUUAUACUUUUUAUUUUAAUCUAUAAUGUGUGUUCUAUAAAGAUUGAUUUAAACCGUCUUUCCACAGGAUUCAUCAACUAUGGAAUCAAUUCUGGAUUUGGCACAAGAACUCACACGACUUCCAUUUAUAAAUUAAACAAACAUAAAAAUAAACCUAUUUUCAGCCUGGAAUCCAACGACGAAUCAAGUUCCCCCGGUUUCAGAAUUGGUGAUCUUCCACACCUUGGACAAAACAACUUUAAAUUGAGAGGAAUUAAAUUAGAAAACAGUGUUGUUCCACUUAGUGACUACGUUCUUAUAGUUAAAAGUGAUGCUGUUGAUGUGACUCAGUCAGGAGUAUACCUGGGCACAAAGAAAACCAGAGAUUUUAUCGGACGAGUAUUGGCAGUUGGUCCUGGAAGGUUAAAUAAAACCACAGGAGUAACCACACCGUUGAGUGUAAGUGUUGGAGAUACAGUAUUAUUCGACUCUCCAUAUGAGAGUAUAGAUCUAAAGUAUAAUGAUAAGCCUUGUGCGUUGGUCCGUGAGGAGCAAAUUUUUGCUCGAUUAAAUGUAGGAACGCACGAAUUGGAUAACAGAAUAACAUACGACAAGGUUGUGCCACUAUUUGAUAGGAUGCUGGUUCGAGUGCUUGAAAGCCCUAAAAGAACAGAAAGUGGACUGGUUAUAUCAAGUUCAAACACAAGAGAUGAGGUAGUAAAGGCCAAAAUCGUAUCGUUAGGACCAGGAAGUUACACAGAGAGUGGUAAACUAGUGCCAAUUGUUGGACUGUCAGUUGGCGACACUGUGUUGUACAGACACAACGAGUAUGAUUCUGGAGAAUUCACCUCUAACAAUGUAAAUUAUGCUUUUGUAAGAAGGGAUGCAGUUUUAGGAAAAUUGUGAAAAAUAUUUUUAAAUUUUAAUCUAAUCCCUCAUUA